AUCAUGAUUGGAUGCGUUAUACCUGCUACCUAGAUUACUUCGACAAAUUUAGUACUCGGCUUAUUUCAACCUACUAUCUGGUCGACUGACUUUGAUUAUGAACCAACUCAAUUAUGACUCAAUAUGUUUCAACCGCUACUCGAUUACCCAACUUAUUUAUAAUCCAAUUCAAUUAUGACCUAACUUAAUUUGAUUUGAACAAGAUUCACUUUAACCUGCUUAAGCUCGUUUCUAAUCCAAUAUGAUUCGAUUAGCCCCGAAUUUAAAGCACAAAAAAAAUUAAAAAAAAUUAAUAAAAAAAAAAGAUAAGAAAAGAAAAAAAGAAUUAAUAUUUCUGUAAAAAAAAAAAAAAAUCUAACUCAAAUCAAUUCACUAACCAUAUGGAUCUGUUAUAACCCGACCUGUUUUAACCCAUAAUUCAAUUAACCAUCGUUAAACCGAACUGUUAGACUAAAAUUUACGUGUCAAAAAAACAAAUAAACAAAUUUAGCCGGAGACAAUGGUGAGGAGAGCAAAAAGGUAAAACAUUGAAACUAAUUAAAUUAAUGUCCGAAAACCAAAAUAAGAAAAACGUGAUGAAUAUUACAGACCGAGUGAAAGAUAUUUUCACAAUUCACACUCAAGUCCACAUACAAAAUCUGACUUCUUUCCCCCAAAAAUCAAAUCAAAUCAAUUCAAAUAUUACAAAUCAUAAAUCAAUAAUCAAAACGUAAAAGAGUAGCAGAGAAAAAUCAGACAAAAAUGGCUUCAGUAGCACUAUCAAGCUCAAGCAGCAGCCAUCCAUGGCAGUUAAUCUUAAAAACACACACCAAUUCUACACUCUCAUCUUUCUCAAAUUCGUUCAUUUCUCUCUCUUCAUUUUCAUCUUCUACAACAAAUUCUAAAGCAUCCAAAAAAUACGUUUACAUUUGUAAGUAUUCUGCAAAUGAUAAUCGAGAAAAGGCAAUAGUGGUUUCUCAACCGAUUAAAUCCCAUGAAUUUCGGGUGUUGUCUCGAAAGCGAUCAUUGUGGCGUAGGAUCUUUUUCACUUCUAAGAAAGUUCGCGCCAUUAUUUUGCUUAAUGUCAUUACUGUUAUCUAUGCUAGUGACAUUCCAGUUCUGAAAGAAGUCGAGGAACUUAUGGACCCUGCGACUUUCAAUGUUGUUAGAUUUACUCUUUCAGCUAUUCCCUUUCUACCAGCUGCAUUUCAAGCUAGACAUGAUGCUCACAUCUGCAAGUCAGGAGCAGAAUUGGGUUUAUGGGCCAGUUUAGGUUAUCUUUUGCAGUCACUUGGGUUGCUUACAUCUGAUGCAGGACGUGCAUCUUUUAUCUCUAUACUUACAGUGAUUGUGGUUCCUUUGCUUGAUGGUAUGUUGGGAUCAGUGAUUCCACCUCUUACAUGGUUUGGUGCCAUCAUGUCGGUUGUAGGGGUUGCUAUGCUUGAAUCUACUGGGUCUCCGCCUGAUUCAAUCAUUUUUCAGGUUGGAGAUCUAUUUAACUUCCUGAGUGCAGUUUUUUUUGGCAUUCAUAUGUUGAGAACUGAAAGAAUUUCAAGAUGCACAAACAAAGAGAACUUCAUACCGCUCCUUGGAUAUGAGGUAUGCGUUGUUGCACUAUCAUCAAUGAUCUGGUUCUUCUUCGAAGGUUGGUUUGGUGAAAGUGUUAGACCUUGGACAUGGGAUUUGUUUUGGGCUUCAUUGGUCUCAUUUCCUUGGAUACCAGCAAUAUACACAGGAGUGUUGACAACCGGGUUAUGCUUAUGGGUAGAGAUGGCUGCAAUGAGAGAUGUAUCAGCAACUGAAACAGCAAUUAUUUAUGGAACGGAACCUGUUUGGGGUGCAGGGUUUGCUUGGUUCCUACUUGGUGAAAGAUGGGACACUAUUGGAUGGAUUGGUGCUGCUCUUAUCCUUGGUGGAAACCUAGUUGUUCAUAUGUUUGGGUCUUUAUCAUCUACAGAUUCUGGCAGUAGAGAGGGGUGAUCUAGAUUAGGCCUCAAAUUUUAGAUCUGGAAUGGUAGAUCACACUAUUAUAAUGUAUCUAAGAUGUGCAGUGUAUGUAUAGAAAGCACCAUAGCUUUAGUGUACAUAAACCCGAUACAUAAGUACAUAACAGUUAAAGCGAAAAUAUGUUGAUAUCCUUCAUCUAAGCCAGUAGCCAACUGCAGUGCUGCCUUAAGUUUCGAAGUUUGGCAUAUUUAUAAUUUUUUUUGUGUUUAGUGUUGUGGAUAUAUAAUCUUAUUAAAAUGUAUAGAUAUGAAUUUGUUACAAUUUUGAAAUUUGGCAUAUAUACAGCUAUUUACAUACUUCA